AUGGCUCAAGUUUGUGUCCUUGAGACAACGGUGCAACUCAAAUCAUGUCCUCAAAAGUUCUAUAACUUCCUCAAGAGCCAAAGCCAACACAUUCCAAAUAAAGCACAGAGUGAAAACGUGCAUGCUGUUGAGAUUCACAAAGGCGAUUGGAACACUCCUGGCUCUAUUAAGAUUUGGAAAUUUACCAUAGAAGGAAAGGAGGAGAUAUUCAAGGAAAGAAUUGAAGUGGAUGAAGUGAACAAAACUAUAACUUAUGUUGCUGCUGGAGGGAAUGUGUUAGAAUUGUACAAAAGCUACAAGGCCAUUGUGAAAGUUGAGAAUCAAAUUCUAAAGUUGAGAAUAGAAUAUGAGAAGCUUAAUGAUGAUACCCUACCUCCAAAGAAAUACCAGCAGUUUAUCAUUAAUAUUGUUAGAGAUCUUGAUGGAAAUUUAGUUAAAACUGGUUAA